UGGUUUCCAAUACAAGACCUCUAUAGUGGAGAGACACCAAGUCCACCAAGUGGGUGUUUGUUGAAUGUUGAGCAGAGGAAGACGAGACAAGAGCUGAAUUGCACAAACAGGCACACGCACACAGAGUGUGAGAUAAGUCAUGAGGAAACGGGAUUUGGCCAUUCUUAUGCUUUCCGCUUUCGCUAUUUUCUUCUCUCUUCAGCAAGAUGGUGGCGUUUCGUUCAAAGAAGCGUGGAUGCACCUGACCGAUGAAUACCCAAUCAAAUACGAAGCAGAACGCCUUCCGCCGCCGCUAGUUGCUGAUCUCAACGGAGACGGGAAGAAGGAAGUUCUCGUAGCUACUCAUGACGCUAAAAUUCAGGUCUUGGAGCCCCAUAGUAGGCGUGUGGAUGAAGGGUUCAGUGAGGCGCGUGUAUUGGCCGAGGUGUCUCUGUUGCCUGACAAAGUGCGUGUUGAGUCUGGGAGACGCCCUGUUGCUAUGGCCACUGGCUAUAUUGACCGAUAUAAAAUUGGGCAACCACAGAAACAGGUUUUGGUUGUAGUGACAUCGGGUUGGUCCGUAAUGUGUUUUGAUUCCAACCUCCAAAAGUUUUGGGAAAAUAAUUUACAGGAGGAUUUUCCUCAUAAUGCUCACCAUAGGGAAGUUUCAAUCUCUAUAAGCAAUUAUACUCUAAAGCAUGGAGAUACGGGAUUGAUCAUUGUUGCUGGGAGGAUGGAAAUGCAGCCACAUAUUUUUAUUGAUCCUUUUGAAGAAAUGGGAAUGGGAGCUAGGUUUGCUGAGCAGCAUCGAAGAAGUGCUUCUGAAAAGGAGGCUUCCGAAAACUCUGGAACUGUGGAUUUACGCCAUUUUGCAUUUUAUGCAUUUGCUGGUCGAUCUGGCACAGAACGAUGGAGCAGAAAAAAUGAGAACAUUGAAGCGCAUUCCUCAGAUGCAUCUCAGCUAAUUCCACAGCAUAACUACAAGCUUGAUGUUCAUGCUCUGAAUAGCCAUCAACCUGGAGAGUUUGAAUGCAGGGAAUUCAGAGAAUCAAUCCUGGGAGUUAUGCCACAUCACUGGGAUAGAAGAGAAGAUACUUUGUUGAAGCUGGCACACUUCAAGCGGCACAAGAGGAAAACAUUGAAGAGAACACCUGGAAAGACUAUGAAUUACCCUUUUCACAAGCCAGAGGAAAACCAUCCUCCAGGGAAGGACUCAACCAAAAAAAUUUCAAACAUAAUUGGGAAAGCAGCAAAUUAUGCAAAUUCUGCAAAAUCUAAGAAGCACCUACCUUAUGUUCCAACGAUAACCAACUACACCCAGGUUUGGUGGGUUCCUAAUGUCAUCGUGGCUCAUCAGAAGGAGGGGAUAGAAGCUCUUCAUCUGGCAUCUGGUCGAACAAUAUGCAAGCUUCACCUUCAGGAAGGUGGUCUACAUGCUGAUAUUAAUGGCGAUGGAGUUCUAGAUCAUGUGCAGGCUGUUGGAGGAAAUGGUGCUGAGCAAACUGUAGUUUCUGGGUCCAUGGAAGUGCUGCGUCCUUGUUGGGCUGUUGCAACAUCUGGCAUACCAGUACGGGAACAACUCUUCAAUGUAUCUAUUUGUCAUUACACCCAUUUUAACUUAUUCCAACACGGAGAACUUUAUAGAAGCUUUAGUCAUGGUUCAGAUAUGUCUUCUUUAGAGGUAGCAACACCUAUUCUCAUUCCUAGAAAUGACGGUCAUAAGCAUAGGAAGGGAAGCCAUGGCGACGUUGUCUUUUUGACCAAUAGGGGAGAGAUUACAUCAUACUCCCCUGGCUUGCAUGGUCAUGAUGCUAUUUGGCAGUGGCAACAAUCAACGGGUGUUACAUGGUCAAAUCUGCCUUCCCCAUCAGGGAUGAUGGAAGGUGGUCUGGUGAUUCCCACACUAAAGCCUCUCUCCUUGCGGUUGCAUGAUAGUCAGGAAAUGAUCCUUGCAGCUGGUGAACAAGAAGCUGUGGUAAUAUCACCCGGAGGUAGUUUAUUAGCUACAAUUGAACUACCUGGUCCACCUACACAUGUCCUGAUCUGUGAGGACUUCUCAAACGAUGGGCUCACUGACCUUGUUCUUGUCACCUCUAAUGGAGUGUACGGCUUUGUCCAGACCAGGCAACCUGGUGCUCUCUUUUUCAGCAUGCUCGUUGGUUGUCUCAUAGUCGUUAUGGGAAUUAUAUUUGUCACUCAGCACUUGAAUUCCAUGAAAGGGAAGCCUCGUCCCUCAUCCGGUCCUCGAUGAAAAGGAGCUGAAAUUUAUACUAGCUGAACUUUGCAGGCGCUACUGAAGAAACACAAGAAAAUGAGGUGUACGCAAAACCAGUGGAGCAUCAAUAGUAUGAAAUUUUGAGGAGGUGCUGGACCGUGUAGGACUGUUGACUGUAAAAUUUUGAUAGAAAUGACAUAUGAACCUUGCAUGUUGAAAAUUUGUUGUUAUAACAUUAUUAUAAGGAAACUAUACUGUCCGCUUCAGUGAUAUUUGACUGCUUUUACGAGGAUGCUAUACUGUACAAACUCGUCACGUAUUCAGAAUUAGUUGAU